UUUGGGUCGAGGGAGCCGCCAUUUUGUUUCUGUCACUAGUAGCGGCGCGGGUUUGGUGUAUUGUAGGUGAGGGGACGUUAAGGAGGAAGCGGCGGCCAGGCCGACCGACCGACCGGCAGCCACGAUGAUUUCGGCCGCCCAGCUUUUGGACGAGCUUAUGGGCCGGGAUAGGAACCUGGCCCCAGAUGAGAAGCGCAGCAACGUGCGGUGGGACCAUGAAAGUGUUUGUAAAUACUACCUUUGUGGAUUUUGCCCUGCUGAAUUGUUCACAAACACCCGUUCUGACUUAGGUCCAUGUGAAAAAAUCCAUGACGAAAACCUCAGAAAACAAUAUGAGAAGAGUUCUCGUUUCAUGAAAGUAGGCUAUGAAAGAGACUUCCUUCGCUAUUUACAGAGCUUGCUUGCAGAAGUCGAACGCCGAAUUCGAAGAGGACAUGCCCGCUUAGCAUUGUCCCAGAAUCAGCAGUCUUCGGGUCAAGCAGCAGGACCUACUGGUAAAAAUGAAGAGAAGAUUCAGGUCUUAACUGACAAAAUUGACGUACUUCUGCAACAGAUUGAAGAACUGGGUUCUGAAGGAAAGGUAGAAGAGGCUCAAGGCAUGAUGAAACUCGUUGAACAGUUAAAAGAAGAGAGAGAGUUGCUCAGGUCUACAACUUCAACAAUUGAGAGUUUUGCUGCUCAGGAAAAGCAGAUGGAAGUUUGUGAAGUUUGUGGAGCCUUUUUAAUUGUAGGAGAUGCACAGUCCAGGGUAGACGAUCACUUGAUGGGAAAACAGCAUAUGGGCUAUGCUAAAAUUAAGGCUACGGUUGAAGAAUUAAAAGAAAAAUUAAGAAAAAGAACUGAGGAGCCUGAUCGUGAUGAUCGAUUAAAAAAAGAGAAGCUAGAACGAGAAGAGCGAGAGAAGGAACGUGAAAGAGAGGAAAAGGAGAGAAAACGGCGGCGUGAGGAAGAAGAAAAGGAAAAAGAGAGAGCUCGUGAUAGAGAAAGACGAAAGAGGAGUCGUUCACGAAGCAGACAUUCGAGCAGAACUUCUGAUAGAAGAGGAAGUCGGUCAAGGGACCAUAAAAGAUCAAGAAGCAAGGAAAGAAGGCGAAGCAGGAGUCGAGAUCGGCGCCGAAGUAGAAGUCACGAUAGAUCAGACAGAAAACACAGAUCGCGUAGCAGGGACAGAAGGCGGUCAAAGAGCCGGGAUCGAAAAUCUUACAAGCACAGAAGCAAAAGCAGAGACCGAGAACAAGACAGGAAAUCUAAGGAGAAAGAAAAGAGGGGAUCUGAUGAUAAAAAAAGUAGUGUGAAGUCCAGUAGUCGAGAAAAACAGAGUGAAGAUACAAGCAUGGACUCCAAGGAAGGCGAUGCUAAGAAUGAGGUCAAUGGGACCAAUGAAGACAUUAAAUCUGAAGGUGACACUCAGUCCAAUUAAAACUGAUCUGAUAUGACCUCAGAUCAGACAGAGGACAGCCAUGAGACAAGUCUGCGAAGAAUCCUGAAGACUGCAUAAUUUGAAGAUCUGCUUUAAAAUGAGGUGAAAGAAAGCUGUAGUGGCAUAGAAAAAAAUUAAAGUUCGGUUAGAUUUUUUUAAUAAAAAGUAAUUCAGGACUGUUGUGACCUCUCAGCAUUGCAGAGAGAUGUUAAUAAGCAAACCCGCUACUGAGAAUUUUAAGUCCUUUAUCAUUUUUUUCCUAUAAGACUUUUAAGGUGAUAAACCAAUAUAACCUGAACACAUGGCUUGCUCAGUGUUUAACUGCAAGUUUUCAUUCUUGAACUUUGAAACAAAGGAUAAAUGUUCAGUAUUGUGUGACUCAGACUAAAAUUCCAUUUUUACAAGGCUACACCUAGCUUCUUGAUAUACUCAAAUGGAGGAAAGUAUCUAUGAAUUUCUGUUACACAUUUGAUUGUCAUUGAGUGUUUAAUAUUAAAAUUAAAAUAGAGUUCUUUCCAAAUAAAUCAAAUGUGUUAAGCUCAUUCUUGCCUGUU